AAAGAGGUAAUAUUGGAGGGAAAACUUCGUUUUGCUUUCUAUAUAUUAAAAAAAAGUCAAACUGAAAGAUGAAUGCUUCUUCGCUCAUAAAUAUAAAAAUCUCCGAGGACACCGUUUCUGAACAAGAGAAAACCAUGAAAACAUCGCGAAUGACGCUGAAAGAUGUGCAAAACGUUGUUAGUAUUCUCAAGGAGAACGUUUGCCCAGGAAAACAACUUGCCCAUGUUGCUGCUAAAGAUUUACCAAUGACUUCUAUAAAGUCGGCCCUUAAGGGUGCAGAGCCAACAGAAUCGAAGCGCUGUAAAAUGCUAGAACAGCAUUCUAAAGCGACGCAGACUACAUUCGAACAAGAACAUAAUCUUACCGCUAAAAAGCCUACCGAAGGCUACUGGGAAAAAGUGGCCGAAAAGCGGCGAGUAGCGCUAGCAGAGUCCUUGGAUGAGAACGCAAAAUUGCAUAUGGAAAUAGAAACGCUGAAGGAGACGCUAUCAACCUCAGAAACUUUGACCUCAUAUCUACAGGGCCUUGUGGAAACGAUGACUGAAAUGUUAAACGAGAACGAUGCCAAAACCUCCAAUCCCAAUCCAGAAAAUGAUAGUGGAAUCGCUCAUUCUUUACUUGCUGAUGGCAAUGAUGAUUAG